AUGAGCGGGCCGUCAAAUGCUGAGCUCAUGCAAAGCAUGCUGGCGAUGAUGUCGCAGCAACAAGAAAUGAUGAGAAAGAUUGCGGAAGCUACAACACUUAAGGACUUACGUUUGGACGCAGUGAAGGCUCCCCGGUAUGGAGGGCAAGUACAAGAAUCGUUUGCGCUUUUUAAAGAACAAGUACAGCAGUACUUUACGGUGAGGCGUGUCAAUUGGAAGUGCGCGACGAUGGCAGCUACAAUCAUUCCAACCAUUGGAAGCAUGCUCGUAGGCACUGCAGCGGAAUGGUUUGUUUGGUCCAGAAGUAGGAUCACGACUGUGGAUGAACUCUUUUUUCAUCUGGAGCAAGAGUUCGUACCAGCAGACCUUCAGAUACGUCUCCGUGACCAGCUUCGAAACCUGGAUCAGGGUCAAUGCCGGGACCUUGGGGAGUUUGUUAAUCGCUUCCGACAGCUGAUGAUUCAGGUCCGAAAUAUGAGUGAUGUCGACUCCAUUUUCUAUUUUACUCAGGGAUUAAAGAACCAAACUCGCGCCGAAGUCGAGUAUAGACGAUGCUCAUCUUUAAGUCAAGCGAUCAAUGUUGCUUAUGACUUCGAGCGAUCGCAUUUUGGCGUCGGGACCGCCAGACGCGCGCAGCCGUUUCGAAGACAAGAAAUAAGGCCGCGUCCGCACUUCGAAGAUGCCCGGCCAGAGCCUAUGGAAAUUGAUAAUGUGCAAGUGGUGUCUAAGGAGGAAUGCUUCCAGCGCAAAUUGUGCUUCUAUUGUAAACAGCCAGGACAUCGACUCGCAGAAUGUCCGACGAGGCCACGAAAACAGAGCUCAUCGCGACCGAAUGUGAAAAUCAGCAUGAUUGAUAGUGUGCAAGAAACAAAAGAAGAAGAUGAAAGUGGGAUCGUGUUCGAUCAAUACACUAUCAACGCUGUUGAAGUACACUUGGCCGAUCAACAGCCUACUUUGCUGCGUAAACGCGGUUUAAUUGAUGGUGUGCAAGUGACAAUCUUAUUGGAUUGUGGAGCUUUGACCAACGUGAUUCGUCCAGGCCUUGCGUCACGAGUCAUCAGUAAACAUCGGGGCCAGCUGAAGAGGUUUGAUGGCUCUCUAACCCCGCCAGCCGAGUUAUCGACAGUUGAAGCAACUGUUCGGAUGAGUGACAUAGAAUUUGCCCACAUGAUUUUUUACGGAGAGUUCCUUAGAUGCUGA